GAAGAAAUGGAAACAGGAAACAGGAGAUGAACAGGAAUACAGGAGCAGGCAAACCAUUGGAGGGGUCAGCCACGUCGACUAACUGUCCGUUUUCACAUGAAUGCGGGCGAUUCUUAGGGUCAUGGGGAGGAGUGAUCCUCUGGACGAGUCGCCGGAAAAGCAACCCGAGGCCGGUUCCAGUCAAGUUGAUCGAGUUUCACAGUCGCCACCGCAAUCGCCACCCACGUCGACGAGCUACAACUUGUUCAAGACAAGGUCGUCCAAGAGCCUAGAGAAGCAAAUCCCGUGGCUCUCCAAGCAGAACGGCGAUGCGCCUCCACCAAAGUUUGAGACCGACGAGGAGCUCCCGGCGGGGAGGUUCUUCGAUGCGUUGCAGGGCCCCGAGCUCGAAGUUCUCAAGGAUUCCGAGGAUUUGCUGUUGCCACUGGAUCAAAAGUGGCCUUUUCUACUUCGCGUACCAGCCAAUGUAUUCGGAGUAAGCAUCGGACUCUCAGCGCAGUCUCUUCUCUGGGCCGAGAUCCACGACGCGUCAUCGCUGAGCUACUUGAAACACGUCCCCAAAGGAGUGCUUUUCGCGCUGUGGUCGAUCGGGGUGUUCGUCCACACCGUCCUCUUCUCGGCCUACGCAUUGAAGUGCGUCUUCUACUUCGAAGCCGUGCGCCGGGAGUUUCAUCAUCCAGUGAGAGUCAACUAUUUCUUCGCUCCCUGGGUGGCGGCCAUGCUGCUGGCGCUGAGUACCCCGAAAGACAUCGCCAAGCGGCUCCAUCCGUGGCUGCUCGGCGUCUUCAUGGGGCCGGUGUUUGCUCUCGAGGUGAAGAUCUACGGGCAGUGGCUGUUUGGAGGCGAGAGAAGGCUGUCCAAGGUCGCAAACCCGACCACUCACCUGGCGCUCACGGGCAACUUCGUCGGAUCGUUGCUUUCUCACGUCGUUGGGUGGAAGGAGUUUGCGAUCUUCCUCUUCGCGGUCGGCUUGGCACACUACGUGGUUCUCUUCGUCACGCUCUACCAGAGGCUGCCGACAAACGAGACGCUCCCGAAGGAGCUCCACCCCGUGUUUUUCCUCUUCAUCGCUGCUCCAAGCAUCGCUAGCGAGGCCUGGGAGAUGCUCGCUGGAAGUUUUGACUACCCGGCCAGGCUCAUACACUUCGUGGGACUCUUUCUCUUCAUCUCACUGAUUGUCCGGUUGAAUUUUUUUCGCGGCUUCAGGUUCUCGAUCGCGUGGUGGGCUUACACAUUCCCAGUGGCAGCAAUCGCGAUGACCGCGAAUCGCUACGGCCUGGUAGUCUCCUCGUGGCUCACCGAUGCAAUGACAAGCUUCUUCAUCUUUCUGUCCGUGGCGAUCGUCGCUUGCGUGCUCGUCCUCUCGAUCCUCCACGCCGUGCUGUGGGGGACGCUCCUCCCCAACGAUAUGGCGAUCGCCAUCACCACGCACAAGAAGAAAAAAUCGCACUCGCAGCGCGUCGUCAAGCACCAGGUCUGAGCGAAACGCGAGAGGAAGAAGAAGAUGAAUUUUUGAGAGAAAUUUUAAAAACUUUAGGCUCGCA